GUCGCUUUGCAAUGGAUGGAAAGGAGGACUGUGAAAGGAAUUCGAAGAUCGUCUCAGAGCAGUCUAAAUCCUUUUUGAAGCGACUGUUUGGGCGUCACUGCAACACGAGAGUGAAAUUGGGGGAGUCUCCAUUGAAUCGUACAUCUACUACAUUUAGUAGUAUUCAGCUGGUCGGCUCUGAUACUCAAGAGUUAAAGCUUGAAAGUAUUGGGCAAGCGGCUCAGGCAAGCCCCUUGUUGGAAACGCAGUCUCUCGACGGUGACUGCAAGGAUGCUGACCGUUUGAGGUACCUUGAACGGCUGCUUGAGGAGCGGGAUGAACAAAUCUGCAGUCUGAGGCGAGACCUAUUUAGCCUACAAGGUGAAAACGACUCUAGCGAUAGCAAGCUAACUGACACACAGCUGGAGCUUAAUCUUCGACGAGACGAGGCGAAAAGCACGCAAAUUAAAUUGGCAUCUCUGAAACGAGAAAAUGAAGAAUUGAAGAGAGGGAAACCGACGCAUAUUGACUGGUCGAGAGAAGUCGAAGAGCAGUUAGGAAAGGCGAUAAGCGAGGCGGUAAAAUUGCAAGAGGAAGUGGACACGUUGAAGAGAGACAAAGGCAGUCUGAAUCGAGCACUGGCCGAAAGUGAGAAGCAGUUGCGUCAACUCAUUGAAAUUGCCAACAUUCCCGAGUUGUCUCUGCGUAAGACUGGAAAGAAAGUCGCCUCUGGAGCAUUUGGAGAUGUGUUCAUUGGGGUGUGGCGAAGAGUCAAUGUCGCAAUCAAGUCGUUUCAUGAGGAAAUACAAGAAGGAAACAACAGACUUAUCUUCGAGCAAGAGAUUGCCGUCUGUUGUCGCAUUCACCACCCGAACAUUGUGUGUACAUUUGGUAUACUUCGCGUGAGCGGCAAGAUGCCGGAGAUCGUUAUGGAGUUGCUGGAGUGCUCUCUUGCACAACUCAUGCUAGUGGCAUUGCGAUCACCACGAUAUCUCACGUUAAGAGAACAGCUAGACAUCUGUGGAGAUGCGCUGGCCGGCAUUAGUUAUCUCCACGAAAUGCUUCCCGAGCCGUUGCUUCACGGCGACAUCCGCUGCUCUAAUAUUCUUAUCACAACUACAAUGGGAGCGAAAAUUGCUGAUUUUGGUGCUUCUCACUUUAUUCGUAGCUCUCUCUCCAUUGGCCCUCUAAGUUUGGAAUACCUUGCACCCGAGAGGACGCCAUCACAGCAAGGCCGUUCUCUUAGCAACACACCGCAGGCCGACAUGUACAGUCUGGGUGUCACGUUAGUUGAAGUUCUUACCGGAGAGAAAGCGAUGAGAAAGGCACGUCACCGACAACUACGACAAGUCACGCACCUCAAGCUUCGAGAUAUGUGCAUUCAAAUGACAGAAGAUGAGCCUGCCAAUCGUCUUACUGCAGAUCAAGCAUAUGACGUCAUCGAAACAGUCCGGAAGACUGUCGAGUACAGUCGCUGCCCGCCGAGACGAAAAGUCUCUCGAAUGGAAGGAGACCAAUUUAUUUCCUUAUCUGCCUUAGCCUAACAGCAGAGAGAACAUAUGUAUUUGAGAUCAGUGUAGAUU